UCAGCCCGUGGCGACGUCCCUGGGUAAGCGAUAAUUUCCCAUCCCGCCGCCACCUCACCGUCCUUCCCGAACAAGCCAAACUAAACUCUCUAUUCUUUGCACUUUCUGUCCAUCCACUUUAGCUUCCACCUAGCUAUUUCUCGUAAUCACUUCGUUUUGACACUGAAACAUCAAGUAUUAUGUGCUAACACUGCCUCACAGUGGUUACUUCUCGUUCCACGAAGAUCUCAAGGGUUCUACCUCACGCCCUCAAUCCACCAGAACCGAAGGUCGACUGCCUCAGCAUAAGGCCUCUUCUCUCACUGUCGAUUCCUCCUUUCAAGCCGACCUCCGUGGCGCUUCCCGAUCUGCAGCCAUGGCGCCAUCAAUCCACCUCUCCCCCAUGAGCGCUGUCGACGUUUCAGGACCAUCCAGCGUCAACACACCUGUCACUUCGUACCUCCCCAGCGGCGUUCACGAUACAUCCUUGCCAAUGGGCAAGUACUACCCUUCGAACUACGAGCAGAGCAGUAGCCAAGACGGUCGCAUAGGGGCUUCCGGGCCUCCGAGCCGUGUAUCGUCAACAAGAUCAGAGGGUCACAUUCCCACGCGCGAGGCCUUCAGGUCAUCUUCACGGCAAGACUCGGAAGUCCGCCGUAAACUUCAACAAUACCAACGAGACAUGAUUGCCCAGGCGAGAAUCGCGGCGAGCGAAGUGCUUGGAGGUUCGCCCAGUCAAGGCACCGCGGCGGUUCCCAGCUCCACUAUUACCUUGAAUGGGGUACCCUUGACGAGCCUACACCAUAUCGGAAGCACCGGCGUGCACAAGCCCAUCUCACCGAGACUUUUGCCACUGGGAAGCCCGGGACCCGUGACGCCGAUGGAUCUGGAAGGAGGGGUGGGGCAGGGCGGAUACCUCGAUCGGGGUCGCAAUGAUGAGAUUGCCCGAGUAUUGCGGGCCGAGGAAGACCGUAUUCGCCGGGAGGGAGCCACUUCGCCGGCGGUGGAAGCGGGUCCGCAAGUUUUCUGAGAAAAAAAAAAGUGGCAAAAAGUGAUGCCAAUGCUUGUGGCGUUGGAGACGGGUGGCGUGGUCCAACCCGGGACCACAUCAUCUCAGUACGACGACAGCAGAUGGUAAGGGGAGGAAGAUAAGACACAAAAAAGGAAACGAAAUGGAGUCGGCAAGGUCAAGACGAUCGUUUAUGGUUAUGAUACCCUCUGGUUAUUACAGCAAAGCUUGAUUUUUCUUAUUUAGGAUUGGGGGAAAAAGAAUGGUUUGGUGUUUCCCGGUGGAUGAUUCAUCUGAAGCCGAGGCAGCUAUCUGUCAUUGCAUAGAUUGCGGCGUUUAUCACACUCGUUACGAGAUUAGAUUCGGGCGGGCUUAUCUUCGCAUCGGCGUUAUUUUCUUCACUCCACUCCUGCUUUGUCCCCUUCGCUCAAGACUAGACAUAGAGUAUGGCGGAUAUAGACUAGAAUGGGAGGAGGGACAAAAUGAUCAAGACAUUACUUGUACCUU